AUGGAGAAGUCCCUGAAGAUCUCUGCCAGUGCUGUCCUGUUUGUCCUGUCUGUGGGGAUCUGCUUGGCUCAGCACUGGUCCUAUGGUCUGCAGCCAGGAGGGAAGAGGAGCACUGAGAACCUGGCAGAAUCAUUUCAGGAGGUUGCAAAUGGAAAGGACAACCUGGAGGAGCUGCAGGAGAGUGGCUGCCCAGGCUCCCACCAGCGCUCCAGGGAGCUGCAGGAAGCCAUGGAAAGGCUGAUGGGAGGAGAAGCCAGGCCAAAGAAGAUUUAA